ACGAUGAUUGUAUUCUGUAUAUAAACUAGCUUCGAAUAGAUUAGAAACUUCGACUGGAAUUUGCAUUGAAGGUCAACAGGAUGGGACACGCAAGAAAACUCGAAGACGACAACUCUCCAUCGUCACCAUUAAACGAAACGCUCUUAAUAGCGACUAUGUGCAUCUUCGGAUUACAGGUUCACGUUCACGUCAGGGACGGCUCGGUGUUUUCCGGCGUAUUCUACACAGCUUCCUUCGAGAACGGCUUUGGCAUUGUUUUGAAGAAUGCGAAAAUGACUAAGAAGGGGAAAAGUAAAGCGAAUGUUGCAAGCGGAAGUGUGGUCGAGACGCUUGUUAUUAUGUCUCCCAACAUUGUUCUAGUAGUUGCAGAGGGAGUCUCGCUUCCAUCAAAUGUUACAGGGAAUAAUGAGUGUGAGAUUGUUGGAUCAGCUAUGGAGACUUUACCUUCUAAGCCUCGUUUGUCUGCUGCAAAGAAAAAUGGUAUUGAAGGAAGGGGAAAUCAUCAUAGGAGACAGCCAGGAGCCAAGAUUUUGAAGCGUAAUGAACACAUUCCUGACGUUCAUCAGGAGGAUAUCCAAAGCUCGAGUUCUAACUUGGAUAGCAUGUCCGGACGAGUUAGACCAAUAGAAGAAGAUAAGUUGAUGCCGAAACCUAUGAGUAAUGGUUUUCACGAUGCUGCUGAAAGGCCCUCUUCCACUGACAAUUCAUCCUCACGAAGUGAAACUGUUGAUGAAACCUCAGAGCUGUGUCAGGGUUUAAAGGCAUCUCCCAAUGAAUCAGCACCUACCCAGGACGUAAAAAAGGCUAAGGAGUUCAAGUUGAAUCCCGAGGCCAAGAAUUUUUCUCCAUCUUAUACAAAACGUCUUUCACCGUCUCCUGCUGCUAUGCCUGAUAUUGGAAAUUUUGCUUAUAUACCAAGCAACACUCCCAUGCUACCUGUUCCUGAACCUGUUUACCCUGAAGUUGGAAACAGCCCUUAUAUGCCCCAGACAAUUCCACCAUCCAAGUUUGUGCCAUAUGGCAAUUUGACUGCUGGAAAUACCGUCGUUGGAUUUCACUAUCCUCAACACGUAAGUAUUAUCUUUCCUCGGGGAUAUUAUAUCAAAGGGGCCUUAUCAACUAGCAGUUGAGAGUUGUUUCAGCACUAAGCGCCUGUAUCCUUAAGAGAUGUCGAUGAUCGGACCUACUGUUAACAGGGCACAGCCGCAGAGAUUCACUUCUCCGUACCAAUCUGUUCAAGCAUCACCAAUGUUUGUAAAUCCGAAUCCUCAGGU